AUGCUUCGGCACUCAAAAAGAUUCUCCAGUCUAGUUACUGACAGGGCUGGAAAGCAGUGGAAGAUCAGCGUCGCUGCGCUGAUAAACAGAAGGCCACUUCUAACAGAGUCGCUUGAUCCAGAAAUCGCUUUCCUUUUCGAUCAUUCUAUUGAGGCACAAUCGCGCGACUCUUGCUUGUCUGAGUGGGAAAAAGUCGCCAACGAUCAAGAGCAAAUGAUCAAAGACAAAGCCGCCGGAAAGAUCUUGGGCGAGCUGCCUUUCUCAGAGUCCAAAACCAACAUUCGCGAUAGAAAGCAACUUGUCCUCAACGCGCAUUUAGACAAAGAACUGAAUUUUCAGAAUUCUAGCUUCAAGGCGCCGCAUGACGAACUUGUUUUAGUCGAUAAGAAUGGACAAUUACCCAAGAUUAAUUUAGAUCCAAAUCUAGAUGCGUUGGAGCUCGCUCAAAAAGCAUCGGAAUCAACGGGGGAGAAUAUUGAAAUCAGCUUCACUUCACCCUAUCCUACUGGACACUACGAAGUAGUCUUCGAUGAAAAGCGAUCUUCAGAAGAAAAUUGUUUUGGAGAAAAAGUAUUUAUUUACCAUGGAAUGAGUGGCAAUAUUGCAAUUUUUGCGGAGAAAUCGGUCUUAGGAUGCGAGGAAGUAAAUUCUGCUGUCCGUCGACUAAAAGAAACGGCGGGUUUUGAGUGCGUUGAAUUCACGACAUUCGACGAUGUUCGUGAAAAUCAAGCGGCGUUUGACGGCGACGAUCUUAUAUUCUUGGUAGAGGACUUCAGCGGACCUCUAUUCGAGUCGAUCCUUCGCAAUUUCACGCAAAGGGAACCAAAGAUUACCAUCUUUGGGAAAUCCUACUUCCUGUACGUUUGCGAGGAUCGAGAGAACGAGGGCAUCAAAUAUAGCAGAGGGCGGCAUAUUUUCAACACCGCACUCCUCGGAAAAUUUGUCGUCGUUGGGGGAGGUCCUAGGUCGACCAAUAACAAGUCUAACAAGCUCUGCAAGUACAUGGGCGCGCAGGUGAAGGACCAGAUCUCCCUGAAAAUCGACUAUCUUUUCACAACGAAUAUGCGCACGAAGAAAUACGUCGAUGCAUCGAAAUUUAACGUGCCGAUAUAUAAGCGUGAACUCAUCUUCGAUAUUUGGGAGAAACGAAAGAAUCCUAAUUUCUUCCGCGAGUUGUCCGAGAACAAGGAAGAUCUUGACAAGUGGCGUCCGCCACCUUUCGAGGACUACAAAAUGCGUUUUAUGGGUUUUCCAGACGACGAAGCAGCCCAACUGCAGGAAGAACUUAUGAAUCACGGUGGGAGGAUGGUACAUAAAGACGAUCCGGAUUUGGACCUCAUCGUUAUUCCCAACGACAUGCCAAAACCAGUUUCCAUUAGCACCGACGAUCUCGAGAAGAUGGUUGUCGUCGAAUGGUUCUGGUCAUGUAUUCAGGUCGGAUAUCGGUUAGAUUCGGCCCAGUACCCACCUUCCUGGUACGGAAAAGUAUAUGAGACGAUGCUGGAGAAUACCGAAUAUGCCGAUGAGUCAGGAGGCGUUUCUUUGAUUGCGUCUCCUAAUCGCUUGAAUGUCAGCAAAUCGGGAGAGACACGAUAUGAACUUCUUAGAGACCUGGCACUCAAGUUUGGAAUUACUGACGCUGAGAUAGACGACUUUGAUGAUCCUCAAAAACCAGUAAAAUCUCGACGAAGCCUUCUCACAGCGGUUGUCGAUGGCGUUUCGAAAAAGCGUGAGACGGGCAAAGACGAUGCCCAGGAAAAAAUAGAGAAAGCUCGAGUAGCCAGAAAAUUCAUCUGCAGCGAGAUCAGUACGGUCGAGAAAAACUACGUGAAGAUCCUUCAGCAUAUAAUCAGCGAGUACAAGUCGAAACUUGAGGAAGCGAGGCUAAUUCCAGAGGCAGAGUGUAAACAGAUUUUCGGAAACUUGGCAGAACUCUGCAACAUCCAUACGGAAAUGAAUGACGCCAUUGAAGGAGAGAUGAAUAAUUGGUCUGACGAAACUCAGCUCGGCCAAAUGAUCGGCGGCUACGGCGAUCGGCUGCUCAAAGAAUAUCCGCCUUACAUAAACUACCUUGAGCACUCGCUUGAAAAAGUCAAAUCACUAACCGAGAAGAGCACGAAAUUCCGCGCCUUUCUGAAGUCGACUCAAGCCCGCUCAACUUACAAAUUCGAUCUUGUUGACAUGCUGACUCGGCCAGUUCAGCAUCUUCCUCGCUACUUGCUCCUCUUAAAAGAUCUCAAGGCGAAAACAGAGGUUAUGAACAAAGACCACAAGGAUAUAGAGCAUCUCGAUAAAGCGCUAGAAAUCAUUCACAAAGUGACGAAAACAGUCAAUCAAGCCCGUGGAAAAGCUGAAGAUCAAUUUGCUCUUAUCGACCUGCUGAAUAACGAGAUUGAUAAAUGUCCCAUGUAUCUUAUAUCUGCGCAGCGAAGAAUCGUCGCCCGUUACAACUGCGUCGGGCUCGACGCAUCAGCCUGUCUCGGAACGAAACUCAAUGAUAAACUCUGCGUUAUCCUAUUCAAUGACAUACUGAUGAUCUGUCAACGACGCAGCUCGAGAAAAGUGAGGCGUCAACCAUCAGAUCGCGGCGCUACUCCCGGCCGAGGAACUUCGAAGAAAGAAGCUCUGGAAUACAAAAUCCAUUUCUCUCUCACGAAAGUGGUUAACGUGCUAAGAGUAAAAGAAACUUCAGAGGUUCAAAGGUGCAUCUCCAUCGCAAUAUUAUUGCCGAUAAAUCACAAAGAACAAUUGUCUCUUUUCACUCACCAGAUCGGAAAGGAUGAGGACAAGGAAUCAAUUUUGACAACACUGUGUGAUACGAUAAUAAAAGACCGGGAUGGCGAUCGAGAAAUGAUGAAAGAUAUUAUUUCCGAGACUGAGCUCAGCAAUCUCAACAUUAAUCUCAAGAGGUUGAUGAGAGAACAGGCCACACGGCAGGCAACUGAGCCGACUGGGAGCUUGCCAAAGCCCAAAAAAGUUCGCGAUGACAUUAAAGUCCAUAGUCACAGUCAUCGCAAGCAUAGUUCUCAGCAAGAAUAUGCGGAAAUUAAUCAAUCAGGAGCAACGACGGCCAAAAAGAUAAAACUAACUAUGGCGAAAGGGCUCAAAAAGUUUAGUUCAAGAGCGCAUCUUGAGCCAAGCGAGCCGAACUCGUUAACUGCUGCUGAUCGCUAUGAUUCCGACGCUUCGCUUGCAUCCAUCUCCUCAAAUAUAUCUUUGGUGCAAAACAGUACAGGAUUACCGUACAACGACACUCCGUCAAAAUACAAGUCUCCGCUGAAGAGCGGUUUCUCCACCGUGCGCGGAAUUCUAUCUGGAUCCGUCAAAAAGAAAAACCGCCCAAGCAAGCAAAUCAUCAGCUCCUCAAACUUCGAGUCUUUGGAUACACAACACGCGUUCCAGCCACCAAAGUCACUUCCUCCUCGACCAACUAAGAAAUAG